GCUCACGCUUUCCAGCGACAAAUGCAGCAGAAGGCCGGGCCAUCUGCCGCUGGAGCGCCGCGAAAGCUCACGAUCAAACCGCUUCGCACGGCGCCAAAGUUGCCCGCCAACUUCGAGCAGGCCACCUGGGCCAAGCUGCUGGACGCGGUGCGAGCUGUCCACGGCAAGCGUGCGGUGAACCACAGCCUGGAGGAGCUGUACCGAGGUGUGGAGGACAUGUGUGUGCAGCACAUGGCGGCGCGGACGUACGAUAAGCUGCAGGCAGAGUGCGAGGCCCACGUGGAGGCCUCGAUCGAGGCCCUACAGACCCCCGACACGAGCGCCUUCCUCUCGCUCGUGCACGGCUGCUGGUCGGCGCACUGCGAGGAGAUGCUCACCCUGCGCUCGAUCUUCCUGUACCUCGACCGCACCUACGUCAUGCAGAGCGCCGCGCGGCGCUCCCUCUGGGAGAUGGGGCUGCACAGCUUCCGCGCGCAGCUGAGCGCGCGGCCCGAGCUGCUCGCCAAGUUGCGCGAUGGCGUGCUCGCGAGCAUCGAGCGGGAGCGGGGGGGCGACCAGGUGGAGCGGUCGCUGCUGGCGGAGCUGCUGCGCAUGCUCUACGACCUCGGGCUCUACCAGCGCCACUUCGAAGAGCAGUUCCUCGCCGCCUCGUCCGCAUACUACCUCGCAGAGGGCGCUGCAGAGAUGAAUGCGCGCGACGUCCCCUCGUACCUCGAGCACGUCGCCUCGCGCCUCUCUCGAGAGGAGGCUCGCGUCGCCCACUACCUGCACGGCUCCUCGCGCAAGCCGCUGAUGGCGGCGGUGCGGCAGACGCUGCUCGCGGUGCACGUGCGGCCGCUCCUCGAGCGCGGCUUCGCCGACCUCGUCCAGCACGCGCGCCUCGACGACCUCAGGCGCAUGUACUCGCUGUUUGCGCAGGCGAGGGUGAACGCGCUGCCCGAGCUGCGGCAGGCCUUUGCGGCGCACAUCAAGAGCGUGGGCGGUGCGAUGGAGCUAAUCUCUUUCAAGGAGAAGCUCGACACGGAGUCGUUCGAGCAGUUCAUCAACAUCCGCCAGAACCGGCCCGCGGAGCUGGUGGCGCGGUUUCUCGACUCGAAGCUGCGCGCGGGCAACAAGGGGAGCAGCGAGGGCGAGCUCGAGGAAGACCUCUCCAAGCGGCUGCUCUUCGACAAGUCGGCCUCGAUCGACACGGAGAAGGCGAUGAUCUCCAAGCUCAAGGCGGAGUGCGGCUCCGCCUUCACCUCCAAGCUCGAGGGCAUGUUCAAGGACAUCGACCUCUCGCAGGACGUGAUGGCAUCCUUCCGCACCUCGCCGCAGGCCGCAAAGGUCUCCCCCAGCCUCGAGCUGUCGGUGCACGUGCUCACGCAGGGCUACUGGCCGACGUACCCUCCCGUCGAGCUCAAGCUGCCGGGCGAGAUCCUCGAGCUGCAGGAGAUCUUCUCCACCUACUAUAUGUCCAAGCACAACGGCCGGCGGCUGCAGUGGCACCCGUGCCUCGGCCACUGCACGCUCAAGGCCAACUUCCCGCUCGGCAAGAAGGAGAUCUCGGUCUCACUGCUGCAGACGAUCGUGCUGCUGCUCUUCAACGACGGCGACGGCCUCUCGUACGCGCACGUGCUGCAGGCCACCGGCAUCGAGGACCGCGAGCUCAAGGUGACGCUGCAGUCGCUCGCCUGCGGCAAGGUGCGCGUGCUGCGCAAGGAGCCGAAGGGGCGCGAGGUGGACGGGUCGGACCGCUUCUUCCUCGACGCGUCCUUCAAGCACCCCCUCUUCCGCAUCAAGAUCAACUCGAUCCAGACACGAGAGAGCGAGGCGGAGAACGAGCAGACGAGUGAGCGCGUCUUCCAGGAUCGGCAGUACCAGAUCGAUGCGGCCAUCGUGCGCGUGAUGAAGGCGAGAAAGACGCUCUCGCACUCGCUCCUCAUGUCGGAGCUCUUUCAGCAGGGGCCCCCCCCCCCCCCUCCCCGCCCUCCACCCCCUCGGCUCACCUCGCGCCGCCUCCCGCGUGGUCAGCUCAAGUUCCCGCUGAAGCCGCCCGACCUGAAGAAGCGGAUAGAGUCGUUGAUAGACCGCGAAUACCUCGAGCGGGACCCAAAGUCGGCAUCAACCUACAUUUAUCUGGCCUGAGCCGGGAUCCAAACGCACUUAGUACCACCACCGCCGCUCCGCUGCUUGUCGGUUCGUCGCUUGUUGCACGGCGGUGUGCCCCUUUUUGGCGCUUAAAUCCGUGAGUUUUC